UUGAUUGGAACUGUAAGUGACAGGUAUCAUCAUCAGUUCUCUUUGCUAAAAAACAGUCAACAGGAGCUACAGCUACAGUCAUCAACAUGCUCAUGGAAGAAACGCUGAGCGUACAACAUAUCUUUCACUACAAUAUUCUUCCACAAUGGCUGAUAAUCUACAAGUUUCUAAUGUUCCACUUACAAUGUGUAGUUGUCCAGUAAACCUGUAAUCUGCAUAGUACAACUGAACACCACUCUGGUAAACCAUGUUCUGUUUGAUGGCUUGCAAUCAUGUAUGGCAGAGUAGCUCCUCCUCACACGCAAUGCUAAAACACUGUCCGUUUGUUAUCACUGACAACCAAGUGCCUUGCAUACAGUGGCUCAGCUGCUCUCAUCUGCUUGCAGGGUCACAUUCAGUUACUCAUUCACAUAGCUCUGAUUUUAAAUGCAAGCUUUUUUUGUUUGCUGAUUGCUUUUUCUUUCUUGCCGCACUUCUCCUCCCCCUCCUCUCUAUCCAACAGCCAGCUACAGCCUUGGCUACGAAGCUACCAACCAGUUACUACACGCAUUUACAAGAGAGAAGCAGGCAGACAAAAGGGGACAGCAGAUAACCAUGGCAUCAGCUGGUCUGCAGUUCUUUGCUUUUAUGCUGGCUCUUUUUGGCGCUUUUGGAGACAUUGCAGCCACCUUGCUACCGAACUGGAAGGUAAAUGCAGAUGUUGGUUCCAACAUCAUAACGGCUAUAACGCAGAUGCAAGGACUGUGGAUGGACUGCACGUGGUACAGCACCGGGAUGUUCAGUUGCACCCUGAAAUACUCCGUUCUGUCUCUCCCCAUCUACAUCCAGACUGCACGAACCACCAUGGUACUGUCUUGCAUCCUAUCAGCCUUUGGGAUCUGCAUCACUACAGUUGGAAUGAAAUGCACAAAGUUGGGAGGGGACACUGAUAGCAAAAGUCACACUUGUUUUGCUGGAGGAGUCUGCUUCAUUCUCGCAGGAAUUUUUGGAUUAAUACCAACAUCUUGGUACACAAGAGAAAUCAUUUCCAAUUUUCUGGACCAGACCAUUCCAGAGAGCAGUAAACACGAACCGGGAGGAGCGGUUUAUAUAGGAUUCAUUUCAGCAGGGUUUCUGCUUGUUGCAGGUAUGAUUUUCUGCACUUCCUGCUUUAAAAAGCAGCAAGGAGCAUGGAUUUAUCCUCCAAAGCAGCAGCAUCUCCCAUCCACAAUGCAGGAGAGCAAUGCAGGUUACAACCUGAAGGACUACGUGUAAAUACCAUUAUUUUUAUCCAUUGAGGCUUUUUUAUUUUAUGCUAAGCGUACUCUGAUUACUUUAAAGAACGUGUAACACCUAAAUUUUCUUACAUCUGGGCUGCAAUUCUAUUUAUAUAAGGUAUUUUCCUCUUAGUGGUAUCAGCAAAAAGAACAAGUUAAGAAGCAAUGCUUGAGCCUGCCGCAAGAGUACUUUUUUGAUUGACUUUUCAAACCAUUUUCUUUGACUUUCCAAGUAAGAUUUACUGAAGAAAAAUAAAUCAUUUCAGCAUAAGCAACAUUACAUUUCAUGUACUUAUCACUUGUUACUGCAAAGCCACUCCUAUUUAGUGAAAUCAGGUGACUGGUAACAGAACGCUCUAUAUGGUAUUUUACCUUUUUCCCUUUAAUUAUGAUGCAAGGAAAAAAAGCAACCAUUCUCUGUCCAAGAAGCCCAAUUCAACAAUUUUUAUGGAAGGGAUACAUCUGCCUUUCAUUUUUUGUUCAAAGCUGUCAUAGUAACAUUUAGAUUUCCUAAACAACAAUAAAAAGCAAAAAGAAAUAAAUUGCCCAAUACAAAAAAAAACCAACACCAAAGCAACAACAAAAACCUGCACUCCCAACCUUAGCUGCACAGCAUUUGCGUAUUAGAAAGGAAAAUCAGUGGUAUCAUUCAAAUGCUGCCAAAAACAUCUCUCACCCCCUAAACUGCCACCUGCUGUGGGUUUCAUUUAUUACUGUUGAAGAAGUGCCAGUUGGGCACUCUUCAAUUGCUGCUCAUCUAUCACAAGUGUUAGAACUGAGGAGCAGUACAACUGAAAUGUAACUGUGACUAUGAACAUGUCUGUGAACUGUAAUGUGGGAUACAAACUGUUUAUCUAUUUACAUGAAAAAUCCAGAAGCAUUUGGCCUUCAGCUACCAUUUAUUGCCUUGAAUGUUUUUGGCCCUCUAAAAGAACUUCCUAGGUGCUUUUGAUUAUUCCACUAAGAUAUGUUUCAGGCCCAGUCCCAGACAUCUUACUAGUGUAAAAUGCAAUAUAUAAUAGUGAUAAAGAGAAUGCUAUUACACUUAAAUGUAUACGUUAACUCUUUUAAUUUGAUUCCUUACCUUAGAUCCUUUAACCUUUUCUUUCAACAAACCGAUUUCGUCUGUCAAUGUUCAUUGGCAGAUGUCCUAUUUCAACAUUUCACUGAACAGGAAUCAAAUUGAUGCCCAUUUGUUAGCACAGGUAAGAGGAUACGAUGCAGACCCUUAAAUUCAGGAACGUUACAACAUUGGACAAGUCUUCAAACAAAACCAACUGCUAUUUAAUUGGUAUAUUUAUAUGCAACUUUCAGUUCUUGUUUUAUUAGCCCCAAAUUCACAAGAACAGUAUAAAGAGGCCAUAAUGUUAUCUAUCUAAUGUUUGUUGGAAAAAGUAAAAUCUGUUACAGCGUUUCAGAAAGUCAAAUGCUUUAUAUCUAAUAAUGUAAAGUCUUUGUUCUAGAGCCUGCAUUCUCUGAAAUAAAUUUCAAAUUUCAUCUUGCUAUUACUACUACUGUUAUGUAGCCAUUUGAAGUUUCUUAUCUAUUCAUCAGGGAGCUUCUUUUGUACUAUUCUUACUACUUUUAUCAGCAGUUACUUAAUACUGCAGAGACAUAAGCAAAGAAAAUUUGGCUUUUUGCUGAUUGUUAAGACACAAUGCUUUGCAGCACCAUCUUGUUCAUAAAACAGAAGCCCAUUAUUUCUCCAUAUUCAUAGGUAUUGUUAAAAUAUUAUUCAUUCACUGAGCAAAUGAGGUAAACAACUCGCUCCCAGAAACCAUUCUUCUCCAGCUUUUGUUUGGGGCCUGACAUGACACUAUGCUGUGAUCACUGCUAACAUAUGUGAAUGAAAACUGAUAUUCAUAAAACAGGAACCAAAGAUGUUUAUACAUAUGAAAAAUGUAACAACUGCAUACUCCAAGCAAAAUGAAGUAUUUUUCAAUUACAUAAGCAACACAUUUUUCUUUCUAAAACUUUACACAAAAGUACCUGAACUUGUUUGGACACUUGUGAAAUAAAAGUCAAGCACAGAGCUGCAUUAUUCACAAGAUGCUGCAAGAGCUUUCUAUGAAGGCAAAGGUUCUAUCAGCAACAGCAACACCUCAAACCAUACCAGUUCACUCCCACAAUAACUGAACAAAACAGGAGAUGAAGCUGCAACAGGAGUUAGAAGGAAACAAAGUACAGUGCAACAGGUGUCAGGUCUUCCUGAAAGCUUGUAUUAUCUGCUCUUGCAAUAUAAUUUGUAUUUGCUGUAAAUCAAAGAAAUAUAUUAAAUAAUUACACGUUUGAGUUUAGUGGUACUGCCUUUUGUGAGGUCCUUAUUCAACUAAGCAACAACUGAUUAUAGGAUUUGCUUAUACUCAGACAGGCGUCACACCUUCAUGGAGUUAUCUUUCCCUCUCAGUUAAUUGAAGCCUAUUCAGUACAGGAAAAUGUGAAAUUUCAGUUACAGCUACCCAGUGCUGAGACACAGUAUUUUUCACAGCUCUAAUAUGUUCUCAUACUGCAUCCACAAAAUUCAAAUUUUAACCUUAUUGUACAAUACUUCACAUACUUAACAGUCAGAUUAA